GGGUGUGGAGGGAGACUCCUCCCGACAUGCCCCGCGGGGCAGCGGCGCUGCCUGGAGACCGCCGGCGGGGUGGGGCGGGGAGGAUGUUGUGGACGCCGCGGGGCGAGGCGGCAGCAGGGCACGAUAGGAUACGGUGCGGCGCUGCGGGGUCCGCUACGGAGGAUGUGGCGGCAGCGCUGGCGGCAGCAGCGGCAGGAGGAGCGGGGAGCGAUGCGGUACUGCGCGCCGGGGCCCUGGCCGCACGGCGGAGGCGCGCUCACCACCCUCCUGCUGACAGCGUUUUUGUUAAGCUGUGCUGAUGGCAAUAGCGGAACAGUUAACUGGACGACUAAGCAAGCCCACAGUUAUAUUAUCAGCAGAAUAAAGGCUGUUGAGAAGAAUGUGUACACGAUUCUGUCUAAGGUGCACUCUGAUCGGAAUGUAUACCCUUCUGCUGGAGUUCUUUUUGUUCAUGUUUUGGAGAGAGAGUACUUUAAGGGGGAAUUUCCUCCUUACCCAAAGCCUGGUGAAAUAAGUAAUGAUCCUAUAACAUUUAAUACCAAUUUAAUGGGUUACCCUGACAGACCUGGAUGGCUACGCUAUAUACAAAGGACACCAUACAGUGAUGGAGUGCUGUAUGGCUCACCAACUGUAGAAAAUGUGGGCAAACCAACCAUCAUUGAGAUCACUGCAUAUAACAGACGUACCUUUGAGACAGCAAGACAUAAUUUGAUCAUUAAUAUAAUGUCAGCAGAAGAUUUUCCUUUACCGUAUCAAGCGGAGUUCUUCAUACGGAAUAUGAAUGUAGAAGAAAUGUUAGCAAGUGAAGUUCUUGGUGACUUUCUUGGAGCAGUGAAAAAUGUAUGGCAGCCAGAACGUUUGAAUGCUAUAAACAUUACUUCAGCCCUCGACAGAGGAGGGAGAGUUCCACUUCCUAUUAAUGACAUGAAAGAGGGUGUGUAUGUUAUGGUUGGGGCAGAUGUUCCAUUCUCCUCAUGCUUACGAGAAGUGGAAAACCCGCAAAAUCAGCUGAGAUGCAGUCAAGAAAUGGAGCCUGUAAUAACCUGUGAUAAAAAAUUUCGUACUCAAUUCCAUAUUGACUGGUGUAAAAUCUCUCUGGUUGACAAUACAAAGCAAGUUUCCACCUUUCAGGAAGUGAUUCGUGGAGAAGGGAUAUUGCCUGAUGGUGGAGAAUACAAGCCACCUUCUGAUACACUGAAAAGCAGAGACUAUUACUCAGAUUUCCUAAUUACACUGGCAGUGCCCUCAGCAAUAGCACUUGUGCUUUUCCUAAUACUGGCCUAUAUCAUGUGCUGCCGACGGGAAGGAGUGGAAAAGAGAAACAUGCAAACACCAGACAUCCAGUUGGUCCACCACAGUGCUAUACAGAAAUCAACCAAAGAGCUUCGUGACAUGUCUAAAAAUAGAGAGAUAGCAUGGCCUCUUUCCACACUCCCAGUGUUCCACCCAGUUACUGGUGAGAUUGUACCCCCCCUUCACACAGAUAGCUACGAUAACACCAGUAUGCCACUGAUGCAGACACAGCAGAACCUGCCUCAUCAGACUCAGAUUCCACAGCAGCAGAGUGCAGGAGAAUUUCGUAUGACAACAUUUCAAAGAUUUGAGGUAAAUGGUAUUCCUGAGGAAAGAAAACUGACAGAAGCAAUGAAUUUGUAAUUGGAGAAGGCAGCAAAUUGUCUUACUUCCUUAUUUGUUCUGAUUGAUGCAUGAGUUUUUCUGGUGUACAUUGUGCAUGCCCACAGUAUUGAGAUGAUUUCAGUGCCAGAGAGUACAAUCACUUCCACACAACUAAUGUACUGUAUCCUUUUGUACUUUGGACGUUUUUGACAAUUUGUAAACACUGAUAACUUUUUAUAUUUGUUACAUUCAGAAAAGAAUCUUUCAAAUAUAUGUAUUAAUAAAUAUCAGACUUUAUUCUGUCUUGUGAGCUCCCCUGAAAGAUUUAACAGGGAAAGCAAAGCUUCGAAAUAAGCACCAGGUUUGAAGGGUUGCUUGCAGAUUCUGUUGGAUGGGAUGAUACAACUGCCUUACGUUUGCACACAAAAAGCACUUGUGUGUAAGCAUGAAAACUUGUGCGUUAUCCUGAGGCUCAGAAUAGGAUUCCAGAUUUAGUAGGCUUUAGUUUUUUAGAGAUUAUCAAAAUUUAAUGAGCAAAGUUAUUUUUGGAAGGAAAAAAAAAACCCUAACAAAAACCCCCAAACCAAACCCUAAAACUACUCCUGUUGAAAAUUGGAUUUCUGUUCCUUUACCAGAUCUUUACUCUAUUUGAAAGCAAUAAAACAUUUAAAAUCUGUCCAUUCAUUCAUCUGGUUAUGUUAGACAAGACUGUUGAAAACUACUGUAGGCAGAAAUUAGUGACUGCAGAUAAGCAAGAGAAACUUUUGUUACGGACUUUCAACUCUUUAAACAUACCCUUUACAUUUUUGUGUGUGUGAUGUUGCUGAUGCCCCAGUGCAGUUUAUUUUUUAUAUCAUCUUCCACAUUCUUUGUUCUUUCUGGAGCAGAGUUGUGGGAGAAUGAGUGAUCGAAUAAACCAGGGGUUAUUUUUUAGCAUCUUAAAAAGGAAUUGAUUGAACACACACCUUUCCAGAGGCGCUGAUUUUGAGAGGUGUUUGUGCAGCCAAAAGCUUAAUAAUCCCAACUUUGUUAAAAGGAUCUGAACUGAGGUUGCCUCAUUUUUCAGUAGCUGGUGAUAAUUUAUCUCCUGACGCUUUUCUGUGUAUUUUAAGUGUAUUUUUCUGAUGCUUCUUUAAAUCCUCAAAUACAGCGUAGCACAGGACUUCAGGGUCUCCAGCUCACACCAACAGCUCUUGCACUUUGAACUUGCAGCACUGUACUGGUUUGAGCUGACACACUUUGCCUUUUCUCUGCAGUGUUUUCUCUUUCAGCAGCUUUAUGUUUAUCAGGACAUUGCCAUGUAAGCAAAAAGCUGCAUCUGCUAAUUGCUAAAUGCUGGCUGCAUCGCCUUAGCUGAGGUUUCUGAGGUCUCUGCUAAGAUAAAUUGGGAGUAACACAGGAAUUUAAGACUGAGACUAAAAAGAAACUGGAAAAUAAGAUAAGAGUUUGGUCUUUUUACAAAGUAGGUUUUUUUUUUCUUUAAUGUUUUAUGGUUAUGACCCUGUUUAUUCAAAGCACAAAACUUCACGUCACUUUUUAAGCAAACAAUGGUGUGUUAAUAGGCUUAGACCUGAAUGCAACAUCUCAGUGGAUAGUUAAAACAAGUCAUGAGCUGCUUUUUUAGACACAUUUUAUGCAAUGAGUAUGACUGUUGCAGUAAGGUGUACAGUCAGCACCCCAUACAUUUUAGGCACUUGUAUAUUGUCAAGCCUUAAACGUCAAGAAUUUACAAGGCUGCCCUAAAUGCGAAGCAUGACCUAUAGAAUGUGUUAACAAAUGCCCCUAGCCACAGGCAUAAUGCUGGUGGUUAUGCUAGAAGAGGUAGCUCAGCUACAGCUGCAGAAGUUGAAAGCCAAGGUAGUUAUUGAAACAGUCGGAACAAAGAGCCAUUCCUACUUGCCUCCAAAGCAGCAUGCAUCAUGCCCACCUACCUCAUCCAAAAGGGACCAGGGAAGGGGUUUCAUCAGGCAGCCAGCCUCCUAAGCCCUCCUUUUUCCAGCAGCUUGGAUCAGUGAAAAGUGAACUGGGGACCUGCACACUGCGGUAUAUAGAAAUUACUAAUGUACAACUUUUAUCCCUGCUGUGAGGAAUCCGAGUCCAAUAAAUAUUUGUUUUUUUCCCUUGGUUCGAUUAGUUUCUAUGACUGUUUUCAAACCAUGAGCUGUCAGUGCUUUCAAACAGAAAUGAAUGGAAUGGAUUUUAAAUAAUGAUUUUUAAUGCAGUGUAAGAUGAAACUUUGUAAAUAGUAUUGGGUCUAGAUCAUAACAAUUUCUGAUAACUUGAGGACUAUGACAAUCAAUUAUCUACCAGUUGAGCUGCUCCCCUCUUACCUGUAUUAAUAUGUAACAGUGCCAAUAUACCUAUGGAAAUUUCUGAAGCUGUUAUGUACAUGUAUGAGGAAUCAGUGUGUGCCGGGGGGGUGCUCCACCUGUUCUGAAAAGAAUCUCCUGGUGUAGGUGACUUGAGUAUUAAGCACACCUGAACUAUUUCAUGAUUGAAAGGUUCAUUUAUUUGAGGCAAGUUUAAUAAAAUAUUUAUUUUUUCAUUUUAAAACAAUUACUAUGGAAGCAUAGAUUUAUAAAGCUGGCUAAAGACAUGUAAUGGUUAAAGAAUUAGUAACAGGUGAAAGUGGUGAUAGUUAAAACAGUACAUUCCCAUCCUCUUUUAAUGAUGUACGAUGACUGUUUGAAACUGAUAUUGUGUUGAUGAAGUGAUGGUUGCAACCAAAUCAAAUAGAAAGCACUACAGAUGUCUUUGUAAAUAUAUGAAAUGUAAAAUCUAAUAAAUAGAAAAAAAUGAAGUA